AUGGUGAUCAAUUUCUACGGUGCUCGUCAGCUGUUUGUUUUUAAUGAAAAUAAAUCCUUUCGCACAGAAUUCGAUGGCUGCGGGCUCUUAAACCCCAAAUAUCACUCACAUGCCGGGAACUGCAUCCGCCAGUUCGGUCCGAUUCCGUUCCAUAGAGAUACAUCAAAAUUGCAGAGUGGGACACUGUUGCAUUUCUUGGCUGCUGCCGAAGCAUGGAGUUGCCGAAUUGUCUUGCUUUGCAAUCCUCUGAGAACUUUGCUGCUGUUCCGCCUCGGUUCGUCAUUACAUGCCCGCACAAGUCGCAAACGCCGCGGCGGCGAGAGGCAGAGUCUCUCCUCUAUGCCCUUCAAUGCGUACUGUUUUUACAGCUUGCUGCUUCGAAAGCAGCUGUUGGAGCGUCAUGAUACGGUACAGAUUUGA